CCUGCGCUAAUGAGCGCACCAGGCAGGGAGGCAGGCAGGCAGGCAGGCAGGCAGGCAAGCGCUGCUGCUUCCGCGUUUGCUUGAGAACGCUGAAGAAUGGACAACAAGCAAAAACGACGUACCGAGCCGAGCCGAACCGAACCGUACCGGGGCAACCUGCGAGCCAGCAAAGACGUCUUCGACAGACACGUUGCUAAAUACGUUGACAAAAUGACCAGGUGCGAACACGUUGCGGUCAAAGGGAAAUGUCUCCACCAGCUUCAUUUCCAACAGAACGGACUCAGCGCCAUCUACCUGCAGCGAUUGGAAGCGUCGGGGAGCCCAACAACAGCAAUAGUGACUUCUAAGAAUUGAAAGCCAAACGUCAAAGUGGGCAGACGUUCACGGGCGGCAUCUCAUGAGACUUGAGGUCUCGCUCGCUCGGCUGCAGGUGAGACAGCGCCGCGUGAAUCGAGACGCUGGCUGUUUUCUCUUUUUGUUGGCUGAAAGGCGCAAGUGGCGGAGCGCUGCAAGUAGACAGCCUGCCUGCCUGCCUGCCUGCCUGCCUGCCUGCCUGCCUGCCUGCCUGCCUGCCUGCCUGCCUGCCUGCCUGCCUGCCUGCCUGCCUGCCUGGCCGCCCGCCUUCCCGCCCGCCCGCCCGCCCGCCCGCCCGCCCGCCCGCCCGCCUGCCUGCCCGCCUGCCUGCCUGCAGCUCAUCUUAAGCUCGUUUACGCGCACAGAUUAGCGCCGCAGUCUGCACAGCGACCUGGAUUUCAAGAUGUUCACAAGCAGCCUCGGAGACGUGAGCGCACUUGUUUUUGUUGCAUUUGCGCUUGGUUUCACUCGCCAAGGAGAAAUCGCCAUAUUUGUGGCAAACCGCUUGUAAGGGUCGGAGGAGCCACCUGUCGACGCCUUCCUUCCUUCCUUCCGUCUGUGCGUGCCGUUCUGAAGUAAAGCCUCCGUUCCGUGGUGGCCGUCCUCGCCACCUUGGUCCUCCCUCCCGCGCUCCUUUCUCUCGCCAUGGGAAACGAGUCGCGGCGGGAAAAGGCUCAAGUGUUGUUUGAUGAGUUUGUUUCAGCGUCCACCUGCAGGGCGGCGCUGCAUUCCUUCCGCCAACUGUGCGAGCACCUGCACCUGGACCUGGACGCCGAUCGGCGCGGCAACGAGCAUCCGCUCUACCGGGCCAUCAGACGGCGUCUGGCGUAUUGGAAGGCCAACGCCUUGUGGAGCAAGCUGGAGCGCCGGGCUUCCCGGCAGGAAUACCUGCAGAACCGAGCCUGCCGCGACGCCACGUGCGCCGUGAUCGGGGCGGGGCCCUGCGGCCUGCGCGCGGCGGUGGAGUUGAGCUUCCUGGGCGCUCGCGUGGUGGUCCUGGAGAAGAGGGACACCUUUUCCAGGAACAACGUGCUCCACCUCUGGCCCUUCGCCAUCCACGACCUGCGGGGACUCGGCGCCAAGAAAUUCUACGGGAAGUUCUGCGCCGGCUCCAUCGACCACAUCAGUAUUCGUCAACUUCAGCUGGUUCUACUCAAGGUGGCGCUGCUGCUCGGCGUGGAAGUUCACGUCAACGUGGAGUUUAAGGACGUGCUGGAGCCGCCUGGUGACCAGCGCCCGGGCGGUGAGACAAACUCCCAGCCCGUCCGUGCCCUCGUCUCUCGCGGCUUCUGCGUUCCCGAUUCCGUCCGUCGACGUCAGUCGGGCGGCCUUCCCGUCUCUUUCCAGGGGUGGGCUGGACGCUGGAGGCAUGGCCAAAGUCCCACGCAGUCAAUGGGCUGCAGUUUGACGUCAUCGUGGGAGCGGACGGUUGCAGGAACACUUUGCCCGCCACGCCCUGUGCCCGCAGGUUUUCGCCGCAAAGAGUUCCGCGGCAAGCUGGCCAUCGCCAUCACCGCCAAUUUCAAAAACCGAAACACUCGCGCCGAGGCCAGAGUGCAGGAGAUCGGCGGCGUGGCAUCCAUCUUCAACCAGCGGUUCUUCCAGGACCUCAGGCAGCAAACCGGCGUGGACCUGGAGAACCUGGUGUACUACAAAGACGACACGCACUACUUUGUCAUGACGGCCAAGAAACGCAGCCUGCUCCACAAAGGAGUCAUUUUACAGGACUUUGCCGACACGCAGCUGCUCCUCUCUCGAAGUAACGUGGACCACAAGGCUUUGCAGGCCUUUGCCCGCACGGCCGCCGACUUCUCCACCGACGGGCAGCUUCCGUCUCUGGACUUUGCCAUCAACCACUACGGCCGCCCGGACGUGGCCAUGUUUGACUUCACGUCCAUGUACGCGUCGGAGAACGCCGCCAUGGUCCGCCGGCGCCGAGGGCACCGACUGCUGGUCACGCUGGUGGGGGACAGCUUGCUAGAGCCCUUCUGGCCGAUGGGAACGGGCGUCGCCCGCGGUUUCCUGGCCGCCCUGGACGCGUCUUGGAUGAUUCGUCGGUGGUGCCAAGGAGAUUUUCCGCUGGACCUCCUGGCUGAGAGAGAGAGUCUGUACCGUUUCUUGGCUCAGACCACGCCUGAAAACAUGCAGAAGAACUUUUCUUUGUACUCUCUGGACCCGUCGAGUCGCUACGUCAACAUCUGCCUGAGCGUCACACCUGAUCAAGUGAGACAUUUGCUCGACACGGAGGAGAACGCGGGACAAGAGCCGGAAAUGGUGGCAGCGUCGCUGCCGAUACCGGAGUCGCUCUCCGAGUCCAAUCGGCUUCUGGCGUGGUGUCGGCUGCAGACGGCGGGUUACCCCGGCGUCGCCGUCAGCGACCUGACGGCGUCGUGGAAGAGCGGCUUGGCUCUGUGCGCCCUGCUCCACCGCCACCGACCCCAACUCAUAGACUUUGAGUCGCUGAACCCCGCGGCGCACCACCACAACGUUGGCUUGGCGUUUGACGUGUGCGAGCGAGAGUUGGGAAUUUCGCCGCUGAUGACGGUGGAAGAGAUGACUUCGGCAGCAGAACCGGACGCGCUGUCCAUGGUCAUGUACCUCAGUCAACUCUACCAGCUGUUACGGGAGGGCCCGCUUUCUUCGGGAGCCAUAGGCGAGGAAUCCGAGAGGCGCCAGAGCCAUUUUGCCGCGUCACCGCUGCGCCCGUCUACAGUCUGGCCGUCCCAGGAUUCCCAGGUCCGAGCAGCCUCGGUGACUCCGGCCUCCCUCCUGAGCCGACUUGGACUCGAUCUGCCACGGCAGCAAAUGUCAAAGGAGAAGAGGAGCCGGCCGAGCCAACGGUGCCACCGAGACCAACAGCGGUGGCACGCUGACGAGGCUAUCGCCGAGGCUCCUGGCCCCCGUGUCCGUUUGAUGGCCCGCCUGCUGCAGGCCAAACUGGGCCACGGGUCCUCUUCCUCCUCCUCUUUUUUGGGCCAGCGGACGCUGGGCUCCGAGCAGGAAGCGGACUCUCUGCCCGUGGCUGACCGCCAGCAUCCGAUGGCCUGCGCCAGCGACGUGUGUUUCUUCUGCCGCCAAAAAGUUUACGUGAUGGAGCGUCUGAGCGCCGAAGGGCUUUUCUUUCACCGAAGCUGCUUCGCGUGCCACGUGUGUCGGAGCACGCUCAGAAUUGCCGCCUACCGAUUCCACGCCGCCACCGGGAAGUUUUCGUGUCCGCGGCAAUGCGAGCCGUCCGCUUGUACCGGUGCGUCGGCGCCAAAGCCCGACCGAAUGGUGUCGUGCGACAGAACUCAGCGGCCAUCUUGUACGUCAAUGCUGCUGUCAUCUGAAGAGUCUUCCGUGGCAACAGAGCAUCGGCGCUUGUCAGCUUUUUCACUCACGCCGGAGCGAAUCGAGUUGGAGAACGACAAAGCGGAGCGCCUGGAGGCCGAGGAGAUCUCUGAGGAGGAGAUCUCUGAGGAGUUCCUGGCCUGUUUCAACCUGAGCACAGACGACCAGACGUUGAGUUCAGAGGCAGACACUCCGGUCUCGCCGACGUACCAAACGGCGUGGGAGGAGGCUCUUGAGGACGGCCUGCAGCUGACGGGUUGCCAGGAAGAGGAGGACCGAGAGGAAGACCAGCCAGUCAGUGACGAAGAAUCCAGCGACGACACCGGCACAGCGGGGCCGGGCGAGACUCCGGUCUGGCGCAACACGCCCUCCACCGCUUCUUUCGUCACCACGGCGGACUCUGCCGCCUCUGUGCGUUGGCCAUCCCCCUCGGAGAAAGAAGUUCCGCUGGUGGAAUGUGUUGAGGGGGCGUGGCCCGAAGAAUCCAAUGGCCGUUGCCAACGUGUCGAACGGCCAGCGGAAGGGGGCGGGGCCAGGGCGCUGUGGAAGGCUGUGUUUUCCAGGACCGGGGACAAGACCAAAGAGGCUGGCCGACCAGCAGAGCCACUCCUUCAUCACAUGCACGACGCCGGCUGGUGGACCGCGCAGCGCAAAUGCUCGCCGGGAGCCCGCAACAACCUGCAUCUGGAGACCCUGGACAUGGCAGCUCGCUUGGAGAAACUUUGCAUCAGAGAGCGGGACGCGGCGGCGGCAGAGCACGGCGUUCGCGCUCAUCUCCAACCCGUCUCGCACGCUGACGGCUUUGCUCGUCCUCAGCCUGCCUACGUUCCCCACGCUCUGGCCUUCAGGCCAGCGUUUCCCAAGGUCAGGGAGCGUCGGCCACGGCGCCAUCCUCCCCCGGACUCGGACGGCCGCUCGUCCUGUGCCACCGAGGUGGCGGGCGUUCUGGUCCGUCCCCGGGAGCCGUCCAGCCUCAGCGUGCCCGAGAGCCUGUUCCGCCCGUACGAGGCACCUCGGCCGACGGAGCGCCGUCGGCCGGAGAGAAGCGGCUGCCGACGAGCCAAGCGGCGGCAACUCGAGAGGCUACGCCGAGCUCAGCUGAUCCAGUGGCAGCUGCAGCUGGUGGAGGAGGAGCAGCGACGUCUGGAGGCCCAAGGAGUGGCGCUGGAGCAAAGUCUCCGAGGAGCGUGCGGUGACGACAAGAGCAGCUUCAUGCAGCUUUGGUUCCAAUUGGUCCAGCAGAAGAACGCCCUGGCCCGAUACGAGUCGGAGCUCGGCAUUUACGCGCGGGAACUGCAGCUGGAAGACCAACAGAGCCGACUCCAGCAGGAGCUUCGCGAGCGGAUGAUGCUGGACGACCGGCUGAAGGGUGACCGGGAGCUGCUGGAGGAGCGUGCCAUCCUGGAGGAGAUGCUGGAGGUGCUUGAGCGCAGGAAGGCCUUGGUGCCGCUGCUGGAGGAGCAAAGGCUCAGCUAGGAGCGGCCCUGAGCCGCCCGCUCUCAAAACAAGGUCGGCGUGCGCCAGACACCGCUUCGCGGAGAGCACGGCUUUUGAAUACGCAAGCCUUGGAGGGAACUCCGCUAAAAAUGAACAGUUGACGCCAAAUGAAGAAAGAGAAGAGUUGACCCAAGGCGUUACAAAGGACACUUCUCUUACCACAGCCACCAACCAAUACGCUAAGUGAGUGUCAUCACCCCCCUUUCGCCACCACCAAAAUGCAACUUCCUGUUUCAAAAGGCAAAUGAAGACAGGGCGCUUUUCACACCUAAGCCCUUCUUUAUUGGCUGCUGCUAGUGUGGCUGUCCUACUGCUCCGCUGACACCUUCAGGUCUUUGGCCACCAGUCCGGAGGUCACCGGGUGCAUGGCGGCCCGGUGAUUGAGGAACACUCGCACGGCUUCCUCCCGGUACUUUUCAAAGUUGAACAGCUCCCUGUAGGGGGCAAAACGGCCGUCCCGUCACCCGACGCGUCGACGCCGAAGCGCUCCCUCCCGUACCUGAAAAGCGGACGCGUGAAUUUCAUCCGGCCCUGCUCGGUGGCCAUCCGGAACGCCGCGGGGACCGCCUCCUCCCAGCGGGACCGCACGCACAGUCGCAGCCACCUGGGCACAGAACGGCGGAUGGUCACGGCCGGCCGGUGGGCGGGCGGGCGGGCGACCCACCUGAAGCGGACCUCCGAGUUCAUGCAAGCGUUGAGAUGGUACACCUCCUGCAUCUUCUUCACGUGGCUCAAAGGGAGCGGCUCCUGAAAGGGAGCAGAGCGGACUCAAGCGCUCGCAAAGGUCCCCACCGGGUGUGGCCUUCCCGUCUUCAACUAACUCCUUGUCGCAGGAGCUCCGGUUUUACCUCCUGCAGAAGAAGAGACAAGAACUCCACCAGCUGGUGGGACGACAGCUCGUCCACAUCUGAGGCGCCGAAGCCGCUCAAGUCUCGCUCUCCAGCCUGGAACGAGAACCGAGAAAGGGCUCUGAGCUGCCUGCGCGUGAAAAGCAAACAAAGGAAUGGGGCGCCACCCGAGUGUCACCUGGACCCAUCGCUGACAAAGAGUGAUGCAGGCGUCCGCCAGGGUGGUGUCGUAGCUGGAAGAAGAAGAAAUGAGAAAACGUGUGGCACAAGAGCGCAGCGUUCAAAGGCCUGCCUGGAGGAUCCUCACUGCGGCUUGAGCGGCGGCAUCCCGGGGCUGAACAUCCAUGCGUUCCAGUCCACCUUGUUCAGGACAUCGACCUGCCAGACAAAAAAAAGCCGUGCCGUGGAGCUCGCUCGCGACGUAAACACUCCUCUGCUGUGCCUCACCUUGUCUUUAAAGUAUGUGAACAGGAAGUCUUUCCACUGCUCCGUGGUGACGCUCCUGUAGGCAAACAUCUGGAUGUACGAUUUGACGAAGCCCAUAAAGACCUCUGGAGGAGACAAGCGGGACAAGUCGUCCACAAGGAAAGCGAGCGGGUGGCCGCCGACCGCGUGCGACGGUGGUGUCGUGCCAGUGACUUACCGGGACCCCCCAGGAGUUCCUCCAGGUGGUACAGAAGAGCAAAGCCUUUCUCGUACGGGACGGAGGAGAAGGCGUCGUCCGGGUCCACGUCCCGCAGACUGGGGAUCAGCUUGGUCAGGGGGUUUGUUGCUCCAAAGGUGCUAACCUGUCGCGCCACACACACUCGUCAAGACGGUGGCGGCUGGCGUCGAGGCGGCCUCGCGUCUCACGGAGUCCUGCAGGUCCUUCCAGCCGCCCAUGGCCUUGAACUGGCGGAAGGCUUCCCCCUCCAGACGCCUGCCGAUCAUCCUCUCCAGGCCGGCCGGCAUGUGAGCCACUGACCAGAAGUGUUCCCAGGUCUCGUUGGUCACCAGGUUUCCCGUCCAGCUGUGAGAGAUCUCGUGAGCGAUCACCUGGCGGCGGGAAGAGGAUGACCUCGACACUUUUCCACACUAGCGAGGACGGGAUGAGACGUUUGACCCACUUACGUUGGACAGAGACUUGUCUCCAGCCUGCCGGUGCAACGCAGAAUGUCAAAAUAACCAAAGUCUACUAAGCGCGCGCGUGCGCACGCGGGACCGACGGCGUGUGCUCACCAGUAGCGUGGGUGUGGCAAAGGUGAGGCAAGGGUUUUCCAUGCCGCCGUACGGAAAGGAUGGUGGCAGGACCAAAAUAUCGUAGUGCCCCCAAACGUAGGGGCCGGCCAGGUCCUCUGCCGUCUUCAACAUGACCUCCGUCUGAAGGGUGCUACGGCGCUUAGCGAGCGGCGGCGAGCCAGCGAGCGGCGGGGGACGCACCUCAGAGAACUCAAACGCCGCUCGGUCCACGUACUCCGCCUCGGACCAGACCCUGGACCGGGGCCCGAUUUGCCUAAAAAGAAAGCACGCGUCAGAAGUGUGAACCCGGAGCUGCACCUGGGCUCCAACAUACCUGCUUUCCAGAGCGCCCACCACCAAGGCAAUCAGAUAGGAGCCGUCCGUCGGCAGCUUACGUUCUGUCUGAAGCGGAAGAUUGUGCGAUUGGCAUCCCCAGGGUCCACGCGCUGACCGUCUGGCAGUGCGCUCAUGGCUGCCACCAAGUCUUUGGGGACUGACACCUGCCAACGGCGCACACCGCGAGUGAUGAGCCUGCACACCAGCACCAAAAAAAGGAAAAACCCACCACGUCAUGACAACAGAGGAAACCGGACGCUGCUGCUGCUGCUGCUUAUGAGGCAAGACGACAUGGCGAGGGGGAAGUGAAGCAAGCAACCGUGACACAAGGCUUAACGGCUGGCUAGCCGGCCUCUCACCUGGCACUGACUGAAGAGGUACGGAAGUUUCUUCCCUGCCGUCUGUUGGGGCGUGAGCCACUGCAGCGCAGGCGCAGUGGGCGACGUCUGGUAAGUCACCUCCACGAUGGUGUGCUGCCCUCUGAUCGGUCCGCCCGCCGGUUGAACACACUCCGUAGUCAGCGCGGGAGCCGUUUGUCCGACAGGAGUGGGAGGGCUCACCUGGAAAGGUCGAAGGGCAGCGUAAUCUCCAGCGGCGUCCCCUUGAAGGAGUGUUUAGGGCCCAUAGUAAAACUGGCCGCCUGCCCGUUGGCACUGACGGAAGCGAUUUUCAGGUCUCGGGUGUCCAAAGUCUGCAGCAGAUUUAAAAAAACAAACAGAAAAACGUGGGAAACCGGCCUGACACCUGAGGAUCUCUUCAGUGCGUUCAAAAAAUAAAUUGUCACAUGUCUUAUGGAACAAAGUACAGUAUCGUUUUUAAUCUGGCCCUGCAACGAGUAACAAACGUGUCUUUUGGCCAUCCAUUUCUAUGGACUUCAUCAGUCAGUCUUGUAAUGAUCGGCUUGUACGGAUCGGAAAUAAAGAAAAGACGGCGCAAAAUAAUACAUGUAUAGUACAUGUAUAUUCAAAAAUACUUCUAGUGUCACUUUAUCUGUGAAAAAGAUGUAUGUACAGUCUAUAUAUGAAACCCUUUUACUUUAUGAACCGAUUUGUGGUUUGACUACUUUUGUAAACAAAAAAAGUGUAAAAAUGACACUGGGAAUGAAAACUGGUUAGGUUUAAGUUAUUACACUUGUUUGACACACCUUUGAA